CUUUGCUGAAACUAAACGCCUGAGUACAGUCUCUCAAAUAAGAGCACAGUACAACUAACACAGCAGAGUGAUUCAAACUCUGCUCUCCUUUGCUUCUCGUGCCUUUCCUGUCCGCUGACAUCUUGAGCACACUCCCCUGGCCACGCAGCCUGGAUUUGGGACAGGAGCUGGGUGGCACACGUGGGUGCCCUGGGGUACAGGGCCCAUGCCAGUCUGUGGAAGAGGGCACAUGGGCGUUGGGUAACUGGAGCUCAGAUGUGGAGGAGCCAGGGGGCUGGCAUGAGUCAGGGCAGGGUGCGAUGCUGGGCACGGCGUGGGAGACGGAGGGGCUACAGACGCUGGGCAUCGUGGUGAUCGUGUGCGCCUCACUCAAACUGCUGCACUUGCUCGGCCUCAUCAGCUUCUCCGAGGACAGUGCAGAGGAUGAGCUGGAACUGUCAGCCGUGCGCCAUCGGCCAGAAGCCCUGGAGCAGCUGGAGGCCCAGACCCGCUUCUCUCGCAAAGAGCUACAGAUUCUCUACCGCGGCUUCAAAAAUGAAUGUCCAAGUGGUGUGGUCAAUGAAGACACAUUUAAAGACAUUUACUCACAGUUCUUUCCACAAGGAGAUGCAUCCACGUAUGCACAUUUUCUGUUCAACGCAUUUGACACAGACCACAAUGGCGCAGUGAGUUUUGAAGAUUUCGUAAUGGGCCUGUCUAUACUGCUACGGGGCACAGUUCAGGAGAAACUCAACUGGGCAUUUAACCUGUAUGAUAUUAACAAAGAUGGAUAUAUAACAAAAGAGGAAAUGUUAGACAUCAUGAAAGCCAUUUAUGACAUGAUGGGCAAGUGGACAUAUCCUAUUCUUAAAGAGGAAACGCCAAAACAACACGUGGAGAUAUUUUUCCAGAAAAUGGACAAAAAUAAGGAUGGCGUUGUCACCAUAGAUGAAUUUAUAGACUGCUGCCAAAAUGACGAAAACAUCAUGAGAUCGAUGCAGCUUUUUGAAAAUGUCAUUUAAUAGUCGGGUGGACAACAUACCUCUGGUGGCUGGUCGGCUCAUGCAAGCACCUUUCUACUCCACAUGCGCCAAUAUCCUCAUUAAGAUAAAUGGAUUUGAAUGGAAGGCAAACACUCAACCCAGAAAACACCAUUCUUUUGGGUUCAAAGCACAUUUCAACCCACAUUAAUUUCAUUACAGUUCUUGUAUAGAUGUCAUGCUUUUAAUUAACCAUUUACAGCAAAUGCCAUUUGAAAGGUUUUUGUGCAUAGGGUACACUGAACACUUCUUACAUAGGAGGUCAUGCUGGAACGGAUUACUUUUAAUCUCCCAGCUAUGUUCCAUUAAGUGUUACCAAUAAUAUUGAAACAAAAUGAAAUUAUUGUUUUCAUUACCUCUUACAGCCAUAGCAUUUAUUUCUGCCCUUAAUCUUGUGAGAAAGACUGGGAACAUUAGUCUCAGUCAGUUCUAACUAUGUACUGCAGAGAGCAUGUUUUAUACACACGGUGCAUGUGGAAUCCGUUUAUCAUGGUUUGAUUUACUGUAAAAUCUGUAAAUAAGGGCCACAACAAAGACGUUUGUCCUUACUUCAAUUUAUGUUGUUAUCUUUUGUCAAAGCAUUUAAACUUACUGUAUGUCCAAAGCCACAGAUAUUUUGAUUCCAGACAUUUCUUAAGACAAGCGUUUUAGUCCAAAGUUUGAAAGACUAUGAAUAUGAGAAACAUUUGCUGAAUCUUUUUUUUUUUUUUACAUUUACAUUUAUGGCAUUUGGCGGACGCCCUUAUCCAGAGCAACUUACAUAAGUGCUGAUGAUGGGAAGGUUGAUCGGGGAAGUAACUGUAACUGCAUGGAAUUCGAAGGAUGAGAUGUUGAGAUGAGACAAGGAGAGAGGUGUGAAGCAGACCCUGCCAGUUUCUCGUGAAGUGUGAGAGAAAGCAUAAGCAGAGGAUAGAGCAGCCGGUGUAGCUGAGUUCUGUGGAGAUAUCCAGGUCUCAGUUAAGAGUCAAGAGGGUAAAGGGAAGCUAAAGCUGAGCUUAAAUCAGCUUUCUUUACAGCAGACUGGCAAUUUGAGAGCCAACUACCACUGCUGUUUGUGAUUGAGACAGCAGAGGAGGGUAGAUGAGGUUACUGGUAGUUCAGCCUCUGGUUUGUGGAUGAGAGCUUCUAGGUCUGAGAGAGGUGACAACAGAGAUACUGUAGGUUUGAAGCACAUGUCUAGUCAGGAAUGAAGUUAGUGAAUAUAGGGCUAAGAAGGAACUGGUAACACUUAACUGAACAAGAUGAAAUAAACACCACUAAACUUGAUACUUUAUCUAAAUUGAUGCUGCUAACACUAGUGUCUGUAACCUUCAAUAUAUUUUAAGAGAGACUGAAAUAUCACUUGCUUAACCACCUGAGAUUAGCAUAGACUAACAAACUCUUCCAAGCAACACUAUUGAAUCAACAAUACUAUACAAUACAGCAAUUCUAGUGGCAAGAAUCUAGAUCCAACUGAGUCAAGUAGAUAGUACACAAAAGUCAGAAUCCUACCUUACCUGUAGAGAAUAAAUUCAACAUAGAGCACUGUGUAAAUUAAAUAAUUGCAGGUUUCCAACUUUAUUCAUGAAUAUUUGCCAAGCAUAUUAGAGUAAUAAUGAAAUAUACUCAAUAAGAUGCUGUGUAAUUAUUUUUAGAUUUAUGUUUUGAGUAGUACUAUUCUUAAAACAAUGGUAUUGCAGUUUGGUUUUAUUUACUACAAUUCUAACAUUGUACUGAACAGAGCACUAUUUGAGCCAUACAGUAUUUGAUUUGAUUCAUGAUCAUUAUGACAGUGUGUGUGCUAAGAACAUCCAGAGUCUGAUGAGAGGCACUAAUUUGUGCAGAUUCGGUGUCUUUAAUUUGGACUUACACUUGAAGUACAUUUUGUUCUAUUUCUUGCCAGUCUGGCAUUGGAACAAUGAACAUUGCUGCUUUUUCAUUACAUUAUGUCACACGCUACAAAGAGCAUCCUUUCAUAUUUUUUAUGUCAUUCCAAAGCAGUCAACCCUUUUCUAUGCCGGGUUUUUCCUCUCCUGUUUUCUGGCAUUAGAACUGAUUAGCUCCUGCUGGCUGAAUCAAAGAUGUAGGUAUAGCUGUGACUGGCUACAGCACAGACAGAACAGUGAGCAUGCUGGGUAGCAGAUGCAUGUUUUCUGCCUCCCAGUAGCAUCCAAGAGCACUUGUCCAAAGGCAAAAUUUCCAACUGCCAUGUAAUGCAAUUACCACCAGCAAUAUGCUACAUGGCAUGCACUGGGUUCUUUGACAAGCAAGCUGAUUUGAGUAAAAAAAAAAAUUAUUUUAUGUUAGAAAUUGUCUCCAGAUCUUUUUGUUGGUACUGUGGACAUGAAAUUUAGAAAAAUUACACUUUGUAGUUAUAUAUUUUUUAUAUUGAUUUAAAGAGCAUGUUUUUCCUGAUUUACUGGUAGGCAAUGACAAUUUAAUAUUAAAAACUAACCUCUAUUAUAGUUCAAAUAUUGACUUCUCAAGAUAAAGAAGUCCAUACAAUCAUAUAUUUUCAAGUUAUGAAAAUAUAUCAUGGAAAAUGUCAUUUGUUUUCCGUAAUUUAAUUCAAAAAGUGGAACUGUCAUAUAUUCUAGAUUCAUUACACAUAAAGUGAAAUAUUUUGAGCCUUUUUUUGUUUUAAUCUUGAUUAUGGCUUACAGCUCAUGGAAAUCAAAAAUCUAGUAUCUCAAAAUAUUAGAAUAAAGAAUUUAUAAUACAGCAAUGUCGAACUUCUGAAAAGUAUGUUAAUUUAUGCACUCAAUACUUGGUCAGGGGUUUAAUCCUUUUGCACGAAUUACUGCAUGAAUGCGGCGUGGCAUGGAGGCGAUCAGCCUGUGGCACUGCUGAGGUGUUCUGGAAGCCCAGGUUGCUUUGAUAGUGGCCUUCAGCUCAUUUGUAUUGUUGGGUCUGGUGUCUCUCAGAUUCUCUAUGGGGUUCAGGUCAGGCGAGUUGGCUGGCUAACCACGCACAGUAAUACCAUGGUCAGUAAACCAGUUAUUAGUAGUUUUGGCACUGUGGGCAGGUGCCAAGUCCUGCUGGAAAAGGAAAUCAGCAUCUCCAUAAAGCUUGUCAGCAGAUGGAAACAUGAAGUGCUCUAAAAUCUCCUGAUGCUGCAUUAACUCUCGACUUGAGAAAACACAGUAGACCAACACCAGCAGAUGACAUGGCACCCCAAGUCAUCAGAUUGUGGAGACAACUUGGAUUCUGUGUCUCUCCACUCUUUCACCAGACUCUGGGACCUUGAUUUCUAAAUGAAAUGCAAAAUUUACUUUCAUCUGAAAAGAAAACUUUGGACCAUCGAGCAACGGUCCAGUUCUUUUUCUCAUUAGCCCAGGUAAGAUGCUUCUGAAGUUGUUCAAGAGUGGCUUGACACUAGGAAUGCGAUACUGCAACAUUUUUGUAUUAUAAAUUCUUCAUUCUAAUAUUUUGAGAUACUGGAUUUUUUAAUUUCCAUGAGCUGUAAGCCAUAAUCAUUAUGGUGAAAACAAAAACAAAAAAAGGCUUGAAAUAUUUCACUUUGUGUAAUGAAUCUAGAAAAUAUGAAAGUUCCACUUUUUUUAUUAAAUUAAGGGGGAAAAAUUACUUUUCCAUAUUCUUUUUUUUUUUUUUUUUUUAGAUGCACCUGUAUGUGGUAGAGAUGGUGUAUUUGCAUUAACAUGGUUCCACCUAGUGGACAUUUGGUAUACAUGCAGGACCAAAGUCAUACAUUAUUUUACAAGCCUGUUUAGAUUUGGGAUUUGUUCACAUUCUCUGUAAUAUGUCUACAAUCAAACAUCACUCCAACUGUCUUUGGAAACAUGCCAUAUGCUGUAGACCUUUUGCAUCGAGAUGCUAAGCAUUAAAAAUGCAGCAGGAAUGCUGAGGGAAGGGGUGGAAGCUGCACGUUAUGUGAAUGCUUCACCUAGUUAGAGAUGGUUAAUAAGGGAUAGUACUGAAUAAUGCAGAUCUAGUGCUCUCUGUGCAUAUCACACUUCCCUAUGCUAUUAGAGAACAUAGAGGCAUUAGUUGACAUUGAUUCAAUAAACAGCUCUGAAUGUAUGUGCUUGGUUGUGUUUUGCCUGUUGAUCAGUUUGUGCCAGAAAAAAAAAAUCUAGCCUAAUUAGAGUGUUGUUGGUGUGAGUCUAAUACUUAGGUCAGCCGUGCAAAAUGUGUUUAAUAGAGCUAUUAAAAUUAGGUCAUUUUCACAGUCCUUCACACAAAUGAAAAACAUUCAUUGAAUAAAAGAAGUUUCCUGAGUUCAGUGAAGACUAGUUUAAUCCAAUUUUUUUUAAUAAUGGAUGUUUAUAAACUGCAAUGUAUAUGGCAAAGCAUCCUUAACUCAGCAAAUGGGCCCAAAGUUCAGAAUUUUAAAAAAAGUCACUUCCACACUGUAAACUACAAUAAGCAGUUACAUGUACCUCUACCUAUGCUCUACAUGGGUUACCUGAGGCAUGUUUACGUACAAGUCAUAAUCUUUCAAAUAUAACACAGAAGUAAUAAAAUAUACUGCUUCUGGUGAUGUACCAAUAAAAAAAGAUUAAGGUAUAUUGAGUAUGAUAAAUUUUUCUAAUUAAUUUUAUAGCCAUGAAGCCAGAUCUCUGAGCAUGGAAAGACCAAAGCUCAUCUACAAAAGAUGCCGUUCACUGUAUAUGAUUUGCUUCUUGGAUUAUUAUGCCGUAAACUGCUAAACACUCACAAUAAAUGUUUCACUGUGUACAAAUUUACAGCACAAAUAGCAUUAGAAUGAUCAAGACAAAAAUGCCACCAAGUCAGGAAUACCGAGAGUUAUACAUUAAACAAUUUCUCAUAGUUUUCAUGAAUAAAUAUUACUUAAUAUAACUGUAGUUUACUUAAUUUCAGUUAAUAUGGUCCAUUCUAAUGCUUCUAAUAUUUCUAAUGGUAUCCAAUGAUUUAAUCUAUGAAUUUAAUAGACAGCAUUUCCUGUCAUCUUAAGCAUUUUAAGCAAAAAAGUCUAAUAUGUUUAAUAUGUCUGUACUAAAAGAUUCUCAUUCUUUGGUACCAUUUUAAUAAAACAAUUUCCAGAGAUGUAAUUUUCAAUUUGGCAAAUAAUGGGAAAUUUGAGAAUCCUUUCCUUUUUUCUGUUAUCUAAAAAAAAAAAAAAAAAGAUUGUAUAUUUUAUAAGACAUUAAUUCACACCAUUA